GCGGGUUCUCCACGCUCGCUGCCAAAAUGACGACCGCCAUCUGGCGGAUUUCGCUAUACCAUCCAAGAGCUCAUGUCAUCAGACAAUGCACCACGCCUCAUCAACAGCUUGUCAUCCACGCCCGCGUCGCAUUUAGUCGAUCAUACGCGACCGUAGAGAGCGAUCGAGUCGCAGCCUCCGCCUCUCGGCUCCUCUCUCGUACGCUCGAUCGAAAGCAGCAGACGGUGCAGCGCGAGGACUAUGUCGGGCCAUUUCAGUUGGGCUUGAUUUCUCCGACGCCACGGGACGGCGCAAAAGAGAAGAAGUGGUCGGAGCUAACCACAGCGGGUAAAGUUGCGCGGACGACUGCGCGAACGUCAAACCUCGCAGUGAUACUGCUUGGUGCAGGGCUAUCCGCUGUGCUCAUCUACGCCCUAACUUCGGAGCUCUUCUCGAAAAACUCGGCAACGGUGCUGUAUGGUCAGGCUUGUGAGAAGAUCAAGGGAUCUUCAAAGCUCGCACAAUACCUUCAAGCGCCUUUGAUCUUCCACAACAAUCCGCCUACAGCGCUCCGCCCGAGACACCGCAACCACCUUGUCUCCUCACAGAUUGUACUUGACUCUGACGGCAAAGAGCACAUGCUACUACACUUCUACGUGGAAGGUCGACCACCAGGCACCGCUACUUCCUCGGCUGAGUCAGAGGAGCCUUUCGUCGAUAUCGUCGUGCAUUGGACGAAAGACACUGUUGACAACCUGUCCAAAAUGACGUAUGACGACUUUGUGAAUACUGUCGAGGCGCGUGCGGAUGCUAUGAAGGAGGCCGCGAAAGAGAUGUUCAGGUUCUUGAGCGGUCAACCUGCCUCGCGGUCGGAACCAGAGCCGGAACCGCUCAAGCCAAUAGUUAAGGAGGAGGUGGAGGAGAAGGGCUGGGCGUCUGGAUUUACAGGCCUGUUUUCCGGACUACGUGGGUCAAGUAGGAGUUCGACGGAGAGCGGUGCAGAAGCUCAGAGCGGACGACGAUUGUAUGAUGAAGGAGAGGUGCACGUCGAUCUAGUGAUGAACGAUCAGGGUUAUUUCGAGUUCCGCUACCUACUCGUGGACAUUCCCAAUUCACGUAGCUGGAGUGCAAAACGAGUGUUUGUUGAGAGAGCGGAUGGCGUGAAGGUCAAUGAAGCGGUCAUGUCAUGGUAUUCAUAACACAUUUACCACCUAUGCUGUGGUUUGGUUUGUACCGUCAUUCAUGUCGCAGUCUAGCCUUGUAUUAGUACGUGUAAAGCUUACUGACAUGCAAUAAUCCGACGAUUCUGCAUUGACAUUGUUGGAUUUGAUUACAAGUAAGACCGUGUCCUUAGCACCUUCAUUCUCCAUA